UUAUAGUUUUUUUUAACAAUUGUAUUGUUGAAAAUAAUUAAAAUUGUUAACCAAUAAUUAUGAAUUUUAAACAAUACUUUUAGUUAUUAAACAAUAAUCAUUGUCCAUCAGCCUCUAGAGAAUUCAGGAAGCAUUGAAUACAUGUUCUUAAGAGAUUCUUUAAUAGUUAAUGAAUACUACUGCCUGAACUGAGUUCUAGAAAGUUCAGAAACUAAAAUAGAUACUAAGUGGCCUUUAAGAUAAAUAAACCAAGUAGACGUUGAUUGUUCAAUUAAAGAGGUUGUUAAGAACUAAAUUUACCAGAGGUAGAAUCUCUUGUUUGAGAUGGCUAAAAUCUUUAACAUACAAUAUCCAAAGCAGACAUUUCAAUUGAACUGUAUUUUCCCAAUAAUUCAGGCCAAAAGUAAAUUGUAAGGCUUCUGAUUUGUUGAUGUUUUUGAGCAGAUUAAACUCUCUUUGGAUUAAUCCUGAAACCAUCUGAAAGAAAUUAACUUAAUCUGUUGGACUACAAAAAUAUGCAAAAGUGCUUUCUCUAGGGAUUAUAAAACAAAAAUUCUGACCUCCAGUUUUAAAGGAAAUGACUUAGAUAAUCUAAUUUGAAAAGUUCACUUUAAAAAGUCAUGCAAUAAAGCAAUAUCCAAUAGAUUUCUCUGUAUACCCUUUUGUGUAAACUUAUAGUAAUCAGUGUAGUAAGCUACAUCCAUCAACCCUGAAUAGGUAGAUUUAAAUAUUAUUCUUGAACAUUACCCAGGGCCCUGAACUAACCUGGGCAUGAUGCAUUCGGUUUCUUCUGUUUGAAUUUAACCACAUUUUGAUCCAGAAUUUAACAAUAUGUAAAUCUAUUCAUUUUAAACGAAUACGCUAACCUAUAAAUAUUAAAGAAAAAUGGUGAAAACUGCAGUUAUUUUCUUAAAUCAAAUUGUGAUCGAAAGUUACACCCAUGCUGGGAAUUAACUGUUACAAAUAAAUUUGCAUGACAUUCCUUGUACAUUCAAUUCAUAAGCACUUCAUCAAUUAUCAUAGGCAUUCACAAAUGGAUAAUUUACGAAUAAUUUUAUAAAUAAAAAAAUUUAUAAACUAAAAUUUUAAAUAUUUGGUUUAUAUGUCUAGAUGGCCAAUGGCAAUGACUCAUAUUAACCAAUGUGAAUGUGACUUCAGUCUUCAAUUCUGUUUCACUAUAACUGUUAAGUACUGUUCUGAACCUGAAGAGGUUCGCUGGCCUGCAGAUCCCAUAACGAUGAAUGUGAAAGUAUUUCCUGAGGAGAACACUAACUUUGGCCGGAAGCUUGGGAAGCUGGAGGGUGGGAACCUGGUUUGUAAAUAUCUUAAGUUUCUGAUCUAUAUCCUGCUAGUGCCGGUCAGCAUUGACAACCAGACAUCAUUCAACUUCAGGUUUAUUUCUGUGAGGGUAUUGUUUAGUCUUGUUGUAUGGAGUUUGCUUGGAAUAGGAGCCUACUAUCCGUUCUACUACCAUAUAUUCACCUCCGGUAUCCCAGUGGAUGAUAUAAUUGCUGAAACUGUGUGGAGAUCAUGUAAAGCUGCCCUUGUUCUAUUCCUUCCACUGUCUCUAGGAUAUCUUCUGAAAAAUAUCCAAACCCUUGAUAAGAAAAAGGAGUUGCGUAUUUCAUGCUAUACAGAGAUAACACUACUGAUAUCUCUUAGUGUAGCAAACAGGGUACUGAGCAUAGCGAACUAUUUUGCUUACCCAGAGACCUGGACCUUUUAUAUAUGGCUAACAUCAGUUCUAGCGGAUACUGUCAAUGACUUUGUGGUUUUGAAUUCAGUAUUUGUUGUGAACAUUAUUGGUGAGGACUUUAUCAACUCGGUUAAAGACUUGAAGAAUAUUAGUGCAGUACGUCUGACUAUCCUAUCUGAAGAAACCAUUGAAGCCUAUAACAACCUCAAGAUCGGCAUGGGCCCUGUUCUUUUUAUUUUCUUCUCAAUGAUAACUUUCCUGCUUAUGACUGUCAUUCAUGAUGCCAUUCAUAUACUUGGACAUGAUGGCAAGUUUAUUCUGGGCUCUGCAGAUUUGUUAAUCACUGCUUCUCUAUUUAUCAUACUCUUAAAUAUUUCUGACUUAGCUGAGAACUGCUAUGAGGCUCUAAUGCAAAUAAAUUCAUACCACAGAUCUGCGUUUAUGGCUUGUUCCCUUGACCUCAAGUUUAAGCACUUGCUAGUUAUGCACAACAUUGAUAGCAAGACAAGACUAACAGCUUUGGGAUUCUUUCCAGCUGAUCGAACUUCAGUGCUAGGUGCUGUAGGCACUGCUGCAACAUUCUUACUCAUUAUUCUUCAAGCCAGUGUAUUUGAAUAAUUAAAAUAAUAAUAAAAAAAAUAUUUUAGUGUUUAAA